CAGUACAGGACUGACCUUGGAGAACGGUGGACUGGCGUUUAUAUGAACAUCACUGAGACUGAAGUUUAGACCAGAAUGAAGAUCCUCCUCAUCAUCACCCUCCACCUGAUCUCAGGUGGAGCGGCUGGUAUUGAUGUGAUCGGCUUCCUGGGAGGAAGAGUUUCAAUCACCUGCACACACAAUAAUUAUGGAUGGGAAAGGAAUUUUUUUUGCAAAAUGAAAACAGAAGCUGAGUGUGGAACUAUAUCAGUUACUGAGUCUGAACAGUGUAACACAUGGAUUCAUAAAGACAGAUUUGAUCUACAUGAUAACUGUCAGACAGCCCUCAUAGUGACCAUCAGACAGCUGAGCUCAGAGGAUGCUGGGACAUAUCAGUGUGGAGAUGGUAGGAGGUGGAAUCACAAGUUUAACCUCCAAAUGAUCAGAGAUUCAUGUUGUUUGGGGUCAAAGACUGUGGCUGGUUAUCUGGGAGAGACUGUCACCAUCAGCUGUUCAUAUCCAGAGCAGUUUGAGAAUCACACCAAGUACCUCUACAAACUUGAUGGUCAUUAUAUUCCUAUAAUGAUCGACACCACAGAGACUCAGAGAGGCAGAUUCUCCAUCUCUGAAGACAGAAGCUCUAAAGUUGUCAGUGUGAGAAUCAGUGAUGUGAGUGAAGAUGAUGGAGGAGUUUAUUUCUGUGCAGUGAGUGUUGGAGGACAGUCAGUCAGUUAUUACUCCUACUACACAGAGACUCAGCUACAGGUCACUGGUGAGAUACAUUAUUUUAUUACUACUGUUUACAUCAUUACAGCCCUGGGUUCCAACUUGUGUUAAAGACUCACAUCCUCUUCUGAUGACCGACGUUUUAUUUGGGGGAAGAUUAAAUAGGAUCAGCAGGGAUCAUGGGUGAAUAUACUGCAGCAUUUACUGCUAGGAAAGAAGGACACUCAGCUUAUGCACAAUGCAUUGUGCUUUAUUAACAGCUGUACUGACCACAGCUUUACCGUACAUAAAUGGGACAUAUAGCUAAAAGCUAGCUCAAGCGUUACCCGAAACCAAGAGAAUCUCUGACUACGUCCGCAU